UCCAUUCACCGCCGCCCGCCCCGCUCUCCCUAUCACCGCCAUCCGCCAUGCGCGCUCUCCUCGCGCUCCGCGGCCUGGCGAAGCGUCGCGGCGCCGACAGGCUGCGGGCGCUCGCCGCGCACCUCUCGUCCUCGCCGCUCCCGGCGGCCGUCGACAGCCGCACCGAUGAUGUUGAUCGCGUCGACGCGGGCAGCAGGGCGGCCGCCGGGUUGUCGCGGCGCUACCUGGCGACGGCGGGCGCGGCCGCCCUCGCCGCUUCCACCGUGGCGGCCACGUUCGCCGCAGCUGGCGCUGAGGACUCGUCGGCGCACUGCGAGGCGUCGGCCAAGACAGCGCUGAAGCCGCAGCAGUUUGUGGCGUUCAGGGUGCAGCAGGUGCGGGACAUCAGCCACAACACCAAGAUCUUCCGCUUUGCCAUUGAGCCGGACACUCGGCUCGGCCUCACAGUGGCAUCAUGCCUUGUUACAAGGGCGCCCAUCGGCCCACCAGGGGAGGACGGCAAGCCCAAAGUUGUCAUUCGACCGUACACGCCCAUUACCCCGCCUGACGUCACGGGCCACUUCGACCUGCUCGUAAAGGUGUACCCAGAUGGCAAGAUGAGUCAGCACAUGUUCUCCCUCAAGCCGGGCGAUGCGCUUGAAAUGAAGGGCCCCAUCCCCAAGCUGCCCUACCAGCCCAACAUGAAGCGCAGCAUUGGCAUGGUGGCGGGCGGCUCGGGCAUCACGCCCAUGCUGCAGGUCAUCGACGCCAUCCUCUCCAACCCUGCCGACCACACGCAGGUGUCUCUGGUGUUCGCCAACACCUCCCCCUCCGACAUCCUUCUCGCUGACCAGCUGCGAGCCCUCGCCGCCUCGCACCCCAACUUCAAGGUGUACUUCAUGGUGGACAGGGCGGAGGCGGCGGCGGGGUGGAAGGGCGGGGUGGGGCUCAUCACGGCUGACGUGCUGCGCAAGGCCAUGCCCCCGCCCUCAGAUGACUCGCUCGUGCUGGUGUGUGGGCCACCCGGCAUGAUGCACCACGUGUCAGGGGGCAAGGCACCGGACAAGUCGCAGGGGGAGGUGGAUGGCCUUUUGAAGGCGCUGGGUUAUACCAAGGACCAAGUCUACAAGUUCUGAAACAUACCUCAGUGCGCCCAACUUGGGUGACGUUCAAAUUAUAAUAAGACUGGCUUGGAUUACAUGGUGGAAUAUACUCCUAGCAAUGUAUACUAUGUCGUGUAUUUACAACCUGAGGUUCUUUGUUAUGAAUCAUCGAAAGUAUAGUGCCGCAUUCUAUAGGGGAGCGUG